AUGUCAACUUCAACUCCUCCACCUCUCACCAAUGCCAAUUUAUUAAUCAACGGUGGACACAGACCUCGUCAAAGCAUCAUCAAAUCCAAAACAGCUCAUGGCUCUACCAUGACCAUCACUCGUUCCGAAAAACGUUGUUUCAUUCGUUACGUGAACACAAUCAUGAACAAUGCCAUUCAAAAAGCCAUCGAAGAAAAAACGAAAAUGCAAGAAAAUGGUUCUUGGAAUUUCAUUAUGAAUACUUUAUCAACAACAAGUACUACAGAAGGAGACAGUGCCAAUAUUACCAGCAAUGGAGAAUUAACUUCACCAAGAGGUAAUAAUCGUCGACCACGAAAUGUCUUGUUGCAUUUGGGAGAUUUGGCAGUGAUUGAUUAUUGGAAACCAAUGGAAGUGGUGGGAAUUGAGGAAUUGGAGAGUAAUGUCGAGUUGUUUGAGAGAUUACAAGAUGGAGUGGUGUUUUGCCACUUGUUGGACAAGAUUCAGAAUGGACUCGUGGAUUGGACUAAAAUCAAUAAGAGAAACAUUCUGACACCUCUCGAAGAACUUUCCAAAUUCCAAAAAGUUGAAAAUCAAAACUUUGUUCUCGAAGUUGCCCCAUCCGUCGGAUGUCAAAUUGUUGGCAUUGGUGCGAGUGAGCUUGCUGAUGGAUCUCAACAACCACUGUUGGCAUUGUUGUGGCAACUCAUUCGACAAGAUGUCACCAAACGUCUCAACGUGAUGCAUUCUCUUCGAUUAAUUGCUCUCAAAGAAGAAUCUGAAAGUGUCGUUGAUUUUAUGAAACUUCCACCUCAACAAUUGUUGUUACGUUUUGUGAAUUACAAUCUCAAGGCAACAAAAACAAAGAAAAUUGUUGCUAACUUUUCAGAAGAUUGGAAAGAUGGUGAAGCAUUUUGUUACCUUAUUAAGAAUAUUGUGGAUAUCAAUAAUCGAUUUUCUUCUACGAAAGUUUCCAAAAAUGGAAAUGAAUUCACAGAAGAACAAAUUCAAGAAAUUCUCUCCAUUGAAAAUCAUGAAGAAAGAGCCAAACGAAUUAUUCAAGCCAUUAAUGAAUUGGGAUUAAAUCCUAAUCAUGUUCACAUUGAAGGAGAAGAUAUUGCGACAGGUGUCAACACAUUGAUCAUGACAUUGGUCGGUAGCAUGUUCAACGCUACGAACUUGAAUGGUUUACAAAGUGAGUUGACUGAAGAUCCUGAAAAGAUGACUCAAUUGAGAAGAGAAAUUCUGGAUAACUUUUUGGAAAUGAUGAAAGACGACAUGCCAGAAAUUAAAAAGCCAGAAAUGAAAGUCUUUUUGGAAUUGGUGAAGAAACUGUCAGAUGUCAAUAUUAAGGAAAUUGAAGAAAAGAUUGUAGAACAACGUGUACAAGAGUACAAGAUGGAAGUUCGAAAGUUGAAAAAGCAACACUAUGUUCUCUUCAAUCAAUCUGAACAAUACAAACGUAGAAUUGAAGAAUUGGAAAAAAUUGUCGCCGACCAAAAAGUGACCAUUAAAGAUUUGGAAGACAAGAAUGCACAACAAGCCUCUCGAAUCCAAGAACUCGAAGAAGAGCUUCAAAAAGCAAACCAUUCUCGAAAGAAGAUUUGA